AUGUCCUCCAAAACAGACGUCGACGUCGUUCCCAUCGUCGACGGCCCGCCGUCGCCCACCAUCCCCCCGCGUCCCUCCCCGCCGCCCGUCUCGCCCGCCCGCCGCCGCGUCAUCAUGCUCUCGCUCUGCCUCGCGCUCUUCCUGUCGGCGCUCGACAUUACCAUUGUGGCCACGGCCCUGCCCACCCUGGCGCGGCACCUGGACGCGUCGGCCGCGGUCUACGCGUGGAUCGGCAGCGGCUACACCCUGGCCAACACGGCCUCCAUUGCCAUCUGGGCACGGCUGUCGGACCCCGACCUGGGCGGCCGUCGACCGGCGCUUCUGGCCGCGAACACGGUGUUUCUGGUGGGCAGCGUGCUGGCCGGCGUGGCCCAGACGGCGGGCGUCCUGGUGGCCGGGCGUAUUGUGCAGGGGCUGGGCGGCGGCGGCAUCAGCGUGCUGGUGACGAUUGUGAUUGGCGACCUGGUGACGCGGCCGACGGACCGGGCCAAGUACUACGGGAUCACGGGGCUGGUGUAUGCGGUGGCCUGCAGUGUCGGCCCUGUGCUGGGAGGCGUCUUUACCCAGACGAUUGGGUGGCGAUGGUGCUUCUGGAUCAAUCUCCCAUUCUGUGCCGUCUCGUUGCUGGUGCUCGUCUUUGCCCUAAAGGUGGACCAGCCGAAAGCAGCGGACGCGACGUCACCGACUCUGUUGUCUCACCUCCUCCGUCUGAAGGGUCUCGACUGGGUCGGCUCGUUCUUGGUUGUCGGCGGUACGAUUGCCUUUCUGUACGGCCUCGAGGCCGGUGCGGACACCACGACAAACACAAGAGGCAACUGGUCCGCCCCGACCGUGAUUGCCCUGCUCGUCGUCGGCAGCCUGCUGCUCGCGGCGUUUGCCGUCUACGAACACAUCGUCCCGCCCGCGCACCCCCUCCUGCCGACCCGCAGUCUCUUUGGCUCUCUCACCAACAUCGCCGCGCUCCUCAUCAUGGUCCUGCACAACUUUGUCUUUAUUUCCUACGACUACUUUUUGCCUCUCUACUUCCAGGUCGGCCUCGGGUUUGCCCCGAUUCGGUCGGGCGUCACCCUGUUUGCCCUCGUCCUGCCGCUGUCGGCCGCCACGCUGGCGUCGGGGUUUGCCGUCCGCCGCACGCGCAACUACCGCGUGGCCAUGUGGGCCGGCGCGGCGCUGAUGACGCUCGGCACGGGGCUGCUGAUUGACCUCGAUGCACCGGCUACCCAUUUGGUCAAGAUUGUGCUGUACCUGGUCGUCAUCGGCAUCGGCGCGGGUCCCCUGUUUCAGGCACCGCUGGUCGCGCUGCAGAGCCAUGUCGGGCCAGAAGAUGCCGCGGGGGCGGCGUCGGCGUCGGCGUUUCUGCGGAGCCUGGCCAGCGCGGUGUCCAUUGUCGUCGGUACGGUGCUCUUGCAAAACGGACUUCACGGACGGGGCAUUACGGAUACGACGACGCCGCCCGCGCAGUUUGCAGCCGCUGUCCGCCGCAUGUGGAUCUUCUACACGGCCGUAUGUGGUGUGUUGAUGGUGUUCACCCUGUUUGUCAAGAGAAUGCCGGACGAUGAUCAGCAAGAGCACGACGAUGCGGAGCAAGAAAAGGGAAGUGUUUAG